CACUGCAUUAGUGCACCAGCAGCUGUGACAUUGCCGCGCACAACUCCUGCCCGUGCGCGCCUAGGCAACCUUGCGCCACCCAGCCUUGCAGCCUCGCGCUGCACUGCUCUGCAACUGCAGCCGCGCGCACGGACGAGCAAACUAUAACGCAUUCACACCAAUGGCCGGCCUCCAGGAAGUCCUCACCGCAUCUACAAGCGGCCAAAAGCAGAUCUGGACGCUGCUGCUCGAAGGCGACGCCACGCGACCAGCCGAGACGAGAGAGAGUGACUCUGUGGACGGGCUGCUCGAAACGGCUGCAGCAUGCGUAAACUGCGCACCCACGGCCCUGAAGGUCCACGUCCUGCUCCCCGGCGGCGACGGCGAAGGGACCGUCGCGGGCGGCGACGCCGUCGUGCUUUUUCACGGCAAAGAUGGUGCGCCGAACGCCAAGGCCACGGCGUUGCUGGUGGCCACCGGCGCGCAGGACGCCGCGGUGACCGGAGCGGCCUGCGUCGCGCGAUUUAAGCAUGACCUCGCGAAUCCUUUGUCAGUAUCGUUGGGAAACGAGACGGCGCCGGCCUUUCUAGCUGAGAGGUGCUGGUUGCAACGAGCGCGGGGUGACACGAAACCAAAAGUACCAUCGCCUUUCCCUGCGGAUGCGCGAAAGGCGGUCCUCGCCCAAUUGCUCGCGGCGCGAGCGGCGGAAUUAGAAAGACGGAAGGCAGCACCGGGCAAUGCGCCACAGGACGUCAAGAACACCGGUGGAAGGGUGCGGUGGACCAACGCGAAGAACGACGUCCACGUUGCCGCGCAACUGCCGGCGGGGACCAAAAGAGGCCACUGCCGCGUCGUCAUCGAACCCACGUCCCUCUCCAUUAAAGUGGGCGAGGUCGACGCUUCUGGUCAAUUUAGACUGGCGAGUUUGGUCGACGGCGUUUUAUUUCAGGAGGUCGAUCCUACUCAAUCGCGAUGGGACUUCGUGGAAGCGACGGCCAUGGGCACGGCCGAGCUCCAGGUCACGCUACGGAAGAAGCAGGCCAUGCGCUGGCUCAUGCUCGUGCGGUAGUGCUGUCUCAGUGUGUUAUUUUAUUUGACGUCGCGUUUUCAUCGAAGCCGUGCCGGGCGUUUCAUGCUCGUGUACCGGUCAAUAUGGACGCCAGAGCCACCGUCCAAAAGGGACGAGGCGCGCAUAUGGGUGUGAGACGCCCGGGGCCUCUUCCCACCCCCGUCCCCUAAUUAUUGCGCGCGCAGGUAUCGAGCAGGCGUCGCGUCGACGGCGUGUGGAGGUGGUGCCGCCCUUAGUAGACAUGUGA